AUGGAAGAUAGAAAUAUGAUUGUGGAAACAAUCAAGGUUUUCAAUAGAUCAUCAGCUUAAUCAGCUAAAGAUUAGCAAAAGCAUAAGGAGGGACAUGAAUACCUAAGCAUUAUAAUGCAUGCAGGAAGUCAAAGCUCAUCAAAUAAUAACUCUGAAAACCCUAUAGCUUUCGAAAUUGUCAGCAAUAAGCCACAUAUCUGCCACUAGAUUGAAUAUCUUAUGAGAAAUAAACUCAACAAUAUAUUAGUUGUAGUUGAGAGGAAAUACGCCUCGAAAAUGGAAAGCACAAUUAAGCAAGGAAUAAGUGUCAAUACUAAUGAUUUAGAAUUAGAGAUUGUGGCUUUACAGGAUGAGGAAGAGUCAGCUAAUGUGCUUUCACUCCUAUAGGAUAAAAUUGAUAGAGAUUUCAUUGUAAUGAAUGGAGAGACACUGACUGAUCUAUCUCUAGAUACAUUCAUAAACGUGCACUAGACCACCGAGAACUCAGCAUCAAUUCUAUUGAAAGAUGUCAAUUUCUCAAUUAAGUAAAAGGGAAACUAUGAUAUCUUUGGGCUUAGCUCUUGGACUGAGAAAAGAUUUGAGGAUUCAACUCCAUCUAAAAGACUAGUGUUUAAAGCUACCAACAUCGAGAGUGAGAACAUGGACUUGACAAUUAGACCAUCAUUAUUAAGAAGAUGUAACAAUUUAAAGAUCAGAACUGAUGUGAGCUCAGUGGGAGUUUAUUUAUUUAAGUAUUGGAUAUUGAAGCUAGUUUGUGAUAUUGAGGAAGAUCAUGAUAUAAGUAUACUCAGUAUUGAGGAUGAUCUAUUGCCAUUCCUAGCUAAGCAUCAAUUCAAGCAAAAACUCCAUAAAUAUAUCUAGAAGUCAGUACAUGAAAGUAGAUUUGAUAUUGGAGAUGAGGACAUAUAGGAGAAGUUUGAUCUAAUAAUGAAUCCCUCAAAGAAAGUCUCUAAAGAUUUAAUCAAAAUUGGAGUAUACAUUGAAAAGAAUCAAUUGUAAAGCAAAUAAGGUCAUUAGCAAACUAAAUGA